UUACGGCCCUGACAAAGCCUUCAUUGAAAAAGGACGCCAUCCCCUCGUCCUCGUAACAGUUGGUAUGCCUUUGUGACAUAAUGACAAACCGUUAUACAGUACAUUUUUAUGGCUCAUAUCUGCUGUACGCUGUGUCGCUGUUCUUGGCCUGCCUAAUGGUCCUGCAGUCCAACCGGGUCAGAGAGAUUCAGGUCGAACUGCGGGAGCUGCGUCAGUGGACCAGUCUGGUGUGCGGGGACAGAAAGGAAUCAUCUGCUGAUAGCUCUCGCUGCGGGAUAUCUGACUCUCACAGACAUACACAAUGGAAUGGGAUUCGAGGAAAGAGGGAGAUUUCAAGAAAUGGGAGACGGAGGCAGCGGCGCACUGCAGGGAGGAGUGCCUUUCUUCACCUUGUUCCUCUGUCAUCACACUCAUAUGAUGAAGAUGACUACACUCUGGUAAAAUGGGCUCUAGGACUGAGUCGUCUAGGGGAGGGGCUGCAGGUCUCUGGAGAAAAGGUCACCGUGGUAACCGAAGGGACUUACUUCAUCUACAGUCAGGUGCUGUAUAAAGACACCACAUGGACUAUGGGUCAUGUGAUCAAGAAGCGUCUACAUGGUAUGGAGACCAUCUUGAUGAAAUGCAUACAGAGUAUGCCCAGCAACAUCACUGUGGCCCAAAACACCUGCUUCACAGCCGGUGUCCAUUACCUGGAGCCAGGAUCCACUCUGGAACUCUCCAUUCCCAGGAAAUCUGCUGGGCUUGUCCUCAAGCCUCAGUCCACCUUCCUUGGCAUGUUCAGGAUCUGACACUGAGUGACGAUCUAACACAAAACCAUGUCCCUCCAGAACCCUACAAUCCCUCACUGCCUAUGAUAACCCAACAUGUUGACCUACUGCAUUGAGUUGCCUUAUAUUUAAGAAACUCUUAUCAAUAUCAAACGUUUUUCAAGUACUACUCAGCCAGUGUUUUCCUUUCAGCACUCAUAUUGUGGUAGCCUGAUACAGAACAGUUACUAAAUAUCACAACAUUCACCACUAACCUAUUUUAGUAUUGGAAAGUUCACCGAUGUAAUGUUUAAAUUCCAUUAUUGAAAAUAUAUGGAUAUUAAUCAAGCAAACAAAAUAGUACAGUAGUACAGUGACCCAAUAUCAAGUUUCAAGGUCAUGUGCACAAGUACAGUGAAAUGUCUUUCUUGCGAGCUCUAAACAGUACAGUGAGUGGUGACCCGAUAUGAGUACUGUUAAGUGUACAGCAUCGUUGUGAAUUAACCUCUGCUAAAUUAAACUUUCUGUUUGCCAUCCUUAUCUAUUGAGUGACCUCUUGUGGUCAAUAUAUUGGUGACAAUGGUGUAUUGUAGUCAAUGGGCUGGGGGUUGGAGAUGAUCAAGAUUCAUGACCAUUGGAAUAAUUAUUUAGAUAAGGGCACUGACCUGAGUUAGGAGUUGUGUUCAAAUCUUGGGUACUUGUUGAAUAUUGCGUCAUGUAAAUUAAUUAUGACGUCAUUUAAGUGUGAUGAAGUCACUCGCGAGCGAAGCUUUAAAAGCUCAAUCGGUAUAGUGAAAAUUACCAUACAAGAAAGAAGUGGUCUUAUUUAGAUUUUUUUGUGUGUCUGCGGAGCGUGUUUUAAGAUUCAAAAAGAUAUCGGAGUGGAAUGUUUCCUGUAUGGAUUUUCGUAGCAGGGCGCCUAUCAAGGGGGUUAUUUCUGGAGUGGUGCAAGAAGUAAAGGCAGAGGAUAUAACUGAAGACAUCGAUGGAGUGGUUGGUGCAUGUUGAUUGACCUGUAUGGUGGAAGGAGAAAAUAAAUUCACUUCAUCCAUG